GAGUCGAUCGUUUGUUUAUUUAAGAAAAUGGCUGAUCCGUUAGCAAAGUAUGGAAUUUACAUCGAUGAUUUAAGCAAAAUUCGUGUACUAGAACCGGAGGUGGCAAAUCAAACGAAUAAGCUUAAAGAGGAAUGUCAGAAUUUCAUUUCGAAAAUUACUGAGUUCCACACGAACGCCGAAGAAUUUAUUCAAAUGAUAGAUCAAAUGGCAAAUAAAGUAGAGAAAGAGAAAAUGAAAACUAUUGGAACUCGAAAUUUACUUCGCUCAGUUACGAAAGAAAGGGAUGCUCAGAAGCAACAAAUUCAGGCACAGAUUGUCGAGAAGUCUAUGGAACUUGAGAGGCUUCGUAUACAAUACGAUUCCUUAAAAAAAAUCGAAAUAGAACAGUUAGAAACUAUCGAACAGUUAUCGGUGAACUAAAGUAUUAAUUUCGUAUGCUGAAGCUUUUUAAGUAUUUUUAUUGAACAGUUAUCCAAUGUUCGAUUAUAUGUUUCCAUAAGGAGUGUAAGUAAAGUGAGAGCGAAUAAUUAGAGCGACAUAUAUUAUGAAACAAGAUAUUUAUACAUGAGUUUAUGAUGAAGUUUGCAAUUAAGAUAGUGUCGGGGUUUAAAUCCUUCUUAAUUAGACGGCAUCAAAUGUACACACAUAUUUCGAAGGUUUUCAACCCCUGAAUAAGAAAGGCACAUCAGUAGUCCUGAAUCAUCCUACAUAUGGUUUCUAUAAUAUUUAUAUUUAUGUACUACUUAACAUUUUGACAAUGUUAUUUGUUUUUUUGUAAAAGUUAUAAUUGCUUUUCUUUCAUAGUAAAGGUUUUUUUUCAUAUAACUAUCGCUUACUAACAGCCGCAAUUACAUAUGAGCAAAUAUAUAAAUGUGGAUAACAGUACAAAACUCGAAGCAAUCUUAGAAACUUUGCUGGUGACCAAUUGAUUAAUUAUCUAAGAACUAUAUUAAUUUAGUGAAUACAAGCUUUGUAAGUUUUGCAAAUAGACAAUCGUUGCUUGUGUUGUGUGUUUAUGUUAUGAUCGAAUAAAUGGUAAUGAGAAAUUGUAAGAAAAACAGUUGCAAACAUGUUCCUACAGUUUAGUCGUUUCAGAUGAUUCUUAUUUAUGUAAUUAUGUAGUAAAACGAAUUUUUAUUAGUCAUAUAAGACGAGAAACUGUGUAAGCACAUGACGUAAAUAUAAUAAUUUCCACUAA